CAUGAGAAUAAUGAUAGUUUAUAUUUCACAUCCUAUACGGCAGCUAACCAUGCUUUUCUAGAAUGUUGUAACCCUGUUGGGCGGCGCUUCUUUUCUGCCCCACAAUUCCGCCAAAUACAAUCACUGCCUCUCCUCUCUUUUCUCUUCUCCCCCUCUCAUUUCGCAUCCCAUCCAUAUACCCUCAGUUUUUUCUGUCCUUUUGAUCUCUUCUAGACACAGACACACGUCCUCAUCUCUACAAAAUGGCCGACUUCAGAAACAUCGCUGAGCAGUUCGUCCAGUUCUACUACAACACCUUCGACAAUGCCCGGGGCAACCUCUCUGGUCUCUACCGUGAGCAUUCUAUGCUCACCUUCGAGACCGAGUCGCUUCAGGGUUCUGGUCCCAUUGCCGAGAAGUUAAUUAGCCUUCCCUUUGCCAAGGUCGCUCACCAGGUUUCGACCCUUGACGCUCAGCCUUCCAACGAGCAGGGCGGUAUCUUGGUCAUGGUCACCGGUGCUCUUCUGAUCGAUGAGGAGCAGCGCCCCAUGAACUACACCCAGACCUUCCAGCUCCAGCCCGACGGCAGCGGCAGCUACUUUGUCUUCAACGACAUCUUCCGCCUGGUCUACGGAUAAAUGGAAUCGCAGAUGAUGGAUCUAUAGUCGGUUGAAGAAAAAAUUUGAAGCGUCAAACAAUCAAGGAUCAUUAAGCUGUUCUUACUUUACACUCCGUUCUGGAGAUACGACCGUGCAUGAAACAAUAGUCUCAUUUUAGAAACCAAUUGAUUAUUCGCAAGAUUGGCUUC